UCAGCCUGUUCUCAUCUUCAGGCUCUUUACACCGCUUCGCCGCUGCAGCCCUCUCGGUACUUUAUAUUGCGCGUCGGUUUGAAUCCAGCUCGGUUUGCGCCUCCUGAAGGGAACCGGCGCUCACACGUCCAGUCCGGUCCCGUCCGGUUGACCCUUCCUGGCGUCUCGGGUAUCACCGCUCUGCCUGGCUAGAACAUUGUGUCCCUUAGUCGGGGUGGUGGGUGGUGGUGAGAAAAUGACCGCAAAGCAUCGAAGAGGCAAAGGCGCCCACAAGCAUGACGAUGACGGCUCGUUCAAAAGCGACGCCGCGGAGUCCGAAGUUGUCUCCGGAGUCAACGGGCACGCGCUCCUCCUGGGUCUACUCCUGCUCGUGGGGAUCGGCGGCGCCACCGGCGCGUGGUUCUGUUUCCAGCAGCACCAAACUUUAACUUACUUGACGGACAAUCUCAUGGGCAUGCAGAUGAAAAUAGUGAAACUACAGUCCUCCCAUGAAGCAAUGCGGCAGUCAAGCGGUGAGCAGCACGUUUCAGAGAGCCUGGAGACCCGCCUGAAUGCCCUGGAGGAUUCCUACGCACUGGCCCAGAAACAGGUGGGCAUGGCCCUGGCGACGGCCGAGCAGCUCAAGACGUCAGAGCUCCCCUCCCAGGUGCUGUCGCUCCACACGGAGAUGAGAGCCCGCCUGGCGGAGAUGCAGCAGGCCAGCGUGUCCCUGGAGCAGCUGAGCCAGCUGCAGACCACGCUGAAGGGGAAGAGCGAGGAGUUCGAGGGCGUCAGGAUUCAGGUGGACGGCCUGGCCACACUGAGCGCCGAGCUGUCCCGGAAGGUCGAGGGCUUGGCGGGGAGCGUGGGAGAGGCGGAGUCUCAGCUGGGGGAGAGGGCGGGACACGUCGCCACGCUGAGUGCCACCGUGGACGGACAGGCCGCCGCGGUGCUCGGCCUGAAGGAGCAGCUGUACACCUACCAAGCUCAGCUCGAGGCCAGCACCCUGGAGAUGGCUACCGUCAGAGCGUUGCUUGAGAGUGAACAGUCGCUGCGGCUCCAGCAGGCCAGUGUGGUGGAGGAGCAGCUCAAUACGGCGGAGGGACAGACGGAGGAAGAGAAAGCUGAAGAAGAGGAAGCUGCAUCAACUGAAGAGGAGGCACUUCCCGCAGACGUAGAACAAGAGGCGUCCAACCCAGAAGAAGAGGAGCUUCCCGCAGACGUAGAACAAGAGGUGUUCAACACAGAAGAAGAGGAGCUUCCCGCAGACGUAGAACAAGAGGCGUCCAACCCAGAAGAAGAGGAGCUUCCCGCAGACGUAGAACAAGAGGCGUUCAACACAGAAGAAGAGGAGCUUCCUACAGACGUAGAACAAGAGGUGUCCGACCCAGAAGAAGAGGAGCUUCCUACAGACGUAGAACAAGAGGCGUCCAACCCAGAAGAAGAGGAGCUUCCUACAGACGUAGAACAAGAGGCGUCCGACACAGAAGAAGAGGAGCUUCCUACAGACGUAGAACAAGAGGCGUCCAGCCCAGAAGAAGAGGAGCUUCCUGCCGAUGAUGAACAAGAGGCGUCCAACCCAGAAGAAGAGGAGCUUCCUACAGACGUAGAACAAGAGGCGUCCAACCCAGAAGAAGAGGAGCUUCCUGCCGAUGAUGAACAAGAGGCGUCCAGCCCAGAAGAAGAGGAGCUUCCUACAGACGUAGAACAAGAGGCGUCCAACCCAGAAGAAGAGGAGCUUCCUGCCGAUGAUGAACAAGAGGCGUCCAACCCAGAAGAAGAGGAGCUUCCUGCAGACGUAGAACAAGAGGCGUCCAACCCAGAAGAAGAGGAGCUUCCUGCCGAUGUUGAACAAGAGGCGUCCAACCCAGAAGAAGAGGAGCUUCCUACAGACGUAGAACAAGAGGCGUCCAACCCAGAAGAAGAGGAGCUUCCUGCCGAUGUUGAACAAGAGGCGUCCAACCCAGAAGAAGAGGAGCUUCCUGCCGAUGUUGCACAAGAGGCGUCCAACCCAGAAGAGGAAGAGGCAGAUAAAGGAGGAGAGGCAGCUGCACAGGAGGAUGCACCUGUCGAGCAGGAGGACUAUGUGACAGAUGAAACUGCUCCUGCAGAGGAGGUGGAGGCCGUAAAUGAGGAUCAGAUGCAGCAAGACGAGCCAGUCGCCUUAUCAGAAAAGACGGCAGAGGUGCAGCAGAUUGAAGAAGAGCCUGAAGAGGAGAACCAGGAAGCAGACGAAGAGGAGAGACACACAGCAGCAGAGGAGGAGGAG